UCCUUAUAUGUAAUGUGUAAGAUUUUCUUCGUUAAUAAUUAAUGCUUGGAAACAUAUAAAUACGUAUCAACUGAUUACACCAAAAAACAAUGAUAUGUGUUACUUCUUAGAUUAAAGGAUUUUGCAAACACAUAUUAAAAAUCUAUACAGGGAUAUUUUCCUGAAUUUAACAUUAAGUUUGGAAUACAAAUUGAUGAUUUGUAACUAAAGAGAAAGACUGUAAUCUUAGUGGAAGAGAAACAGAAGUCAAAGUUCAACAUUAUCUGCACAAAACAGUUGUUGCUCAUGGGAGUAUCUGUCUAGUGAAGUGUCUAGAAGGCUGGUUUGAUUUUACCAUCACUUAAAUCAGUGACAUACAAAACAAAAAGAAAAUACAAACCCCAGAGAUACAAAGAAAAUGCAAAGAAAACAGUCUGCAGUUAAUGGGGCUAUAGAAGUCACCUCUCCCAUAUCACCAGUGCCAGUUGGUCAUAUGUCCCCUGCCCAUAAAGAAACGCUGAAAUCCCUCCAUGCUCACAUUGUAGAAGAGGUUGAUGCAAAACAUCUUAUGGAUGUCCUCUACCAAAACAGAGUUUUCACAGAUGAGAUGAAAGAUGAAAUCUUGUCAAAACAAACAAGACAUGAACAAAUGCGCGAGCUCUUAGAUAAACUCAAAUACAGGGACAGUAAUGCAUUUGAUGUUUUUGUUGAUGUAUUAAAGAAAGAUUACCCUCACAUUGCUGAAUCUGUUGACGAAGAACUCAGUCGUCAAACUCUAGUUCAAACAGUAUAUAACCUGAAACUGCAUUUAGCUAAUGGAAGAAUUUAUAAAGAUUCAGCACUUGUGGAGGAAAUCUCUGAAUUGGCUUGUGCAUUGAGCAAAAUGUAUUUUGUUGAUGAAAACUCAACUUCAAACAGCACAGAAGUUGAGAUUUCUUCAAAUGAAGUUGGUACUACUAGUGUUGAUCAAUUCAAUGAUAAACAAGAUGUACCCAUUUCCGCACUGAAAGUUCCAAAGUCUGACCGGCCUAACUUGACCAUCCGCUCACAUUCAUUUCCUGGUGUCGUUCAUCAUGCCACUGAGAAUUUAACUAGCGAGAAAUCAAUGUUGUCCUCUCCUUUGAAGUAUGAUAAGCCUUCCUUCUCUGGUUAUGAGUAUCAAGCUCCUGAGGAGAAUGAUAGUCCUGCUGCUGUUGAUGUGACUGACAGCCCUCUAGUUAUAACUGAACCCGACCCAAAUUCAAUCAUUCCUAAGGGCGAACCCGUUUUCUAUAAGUUAGAUUGGGAAACAAACCUUCUUGAUAAUGAUAAGUUUGUGGUCAUAAAGAGAAAACAUGGCCCAUGUGAGGCAGUAUUAUGUGAUGAGAAGUUGCAUGUUAAGAAGCAGCUACUUGAGAGUGAGUCAGUAUGGCAUGCUGUUUUGAGUACUGAUAUUGUGGUUCUGUUGUAUGGUGAUGCAAAAAAGAAACUGUUUGAUGUUGAAGGACAAUUUAUUAGAGACAUGAGCCCUGGAGAGCAACUACUGAGUUCUUAAACAUAAUACAGGUUGAUAAAAAAACAGACUUCACCACAGUUGUAAUCAUAUUAAUCAAACUGAAGUGAAAUAGAAAAUUGAUUACAAUUAUUACAAUUCUGGGUGGUUCAACGUAUUUGGACACCCUGUACAUAUAGCAUAUUUGAUCCAUUUAAGUCUAGGACUUUUUCCCAUGGAGCAUUUGACAAAAGAUCAGAGAGUUAUUUCUGGUUCGGGAUAAAAGUCAAUGUUCACAAAAAAAAACAAAUUCAUAUCAAGUAUAUUGAGGUUAAAUAUGGAAUGAGAAACCUUUCAACUCCCUAUCAAGUUCAUAUGUUGCAUAAAACCAUGCAAAUAUCAAUAGUAUAUAACUAUAUUACAAAAAUACCAACAAUAGUUGUAAUCUAUAUUCAGUCUAGUUGAUGAAUUCAGAAAAUAAAUAACUGCUAUAGUUUGUGGGAUGUAGUC